AUGGCGCAGCAAGGGGUGGGGGGGCUUGAGGUGGCAGCGGCUAGAAAGGGGUUUGGAAGAGGGUCAGGGGGGGUUCUGGGGUCGGUCAGGUCUGGGGGUUUUCUAGAGAAUAAAGCAUAUCCACUGUUGGAAGGAUGUGCUACUUUUCUACUUGAUUGGUUGAUUGAAGGUCGUGGAGGGUAUUUGGAAACAAAUCCUUCGACAUCACCAGAACAUUCUUUUAUUGCACCUGAUGGCCAGACUGCAAGUGUCAGCUACUCAACGACUAUGGACAUGUCAAUCAUAAAAGAAAUUUUCUCUAUUGUUAUUGCUUCUGCUGAAGUUUUGGGAAAGUCUGAUAGCAGUUUAAUCAGUCAAAUUAAGCGAGCAGGAUCAAGGCUGCCCCCAACAAGAAUAUCUAGGGAGAACUAUAUCAUGGAAUGGGCAGAAGAUUUUGAGGAUCCUGAUAUUCAUCAUCGGCAUGUGUCACACUUAUUUGGUCUCUUCCCAGGUCAUACAAUCACAUUGGAGAGUACUCCUGAAUUGUGUAAAGCUGUUGCCAAUAGCCUCCUGAAAAGAGGAGAUGAGGGUCCAGGAUGGUCAACUACGUGGAAGAUGGCUCUAUGGGCUCGUCUUCACAACAGUGAACAUGCAUAUACAUUGAUCAAGCAACUCAUCAGUUUGGUUGACCCAGAUCAUGAAAGUGAUUUUGAAGGGGGUCUUUACAGUAACUUAUUUACUGCACAUCCUCCAUUCCAAAUUGAUGCUAAUUUCGGUUUUACAGCAGCAAUUGCGGAAAUGAUUGUCCAGAGCACAAUACAAGACGUUUAUUUACUCCCUGCUGUGCCUCGAGAUAAAUGGGUGGAAGGAUGUGUCAGAGGAUUGAAGGCUCGAGGAGGGGUUACAAUUAAUAUCUGUUGGAAGGAAGGGGAACUUCAUGAGGCCCGUUUUUGUUCAAAGAAUCAGAACUCUAUUAGAAGGUUGCAUUACAACGGAAAAGUUGCUACUGUGGAACUAUCAAGUAACAGAAUUCACACAUUCGAUAAACAUCUGAAGUGCUUGAAUACCUAUCAGUUAAUGGAUGGAGGAGUACUGUGAAUAUCCGAGUUUAAAAGGACGUGAGGAUUGCUCUUUCCUUUUAUUAGGAUCUUGAUCAAGGCAUAUAAUUAGAGGAUCAGGCAAGAGUUCUGUUGCACAAUCGAAGUUUGAUAAAAGCGUAAAAUAAAAUGAAAAAUAUGCUGAUCAUAUGAACAAUGAGAGCAAGAAGCAUUUGGGUUUCGUAGGUUUUCUUGAUAGCUUACCUCUAUGCAGUGGCGGAGCCAGGAUUUUUAACAUAUGGGGUCCUAAAAUUAUUGAUAAUGUAGAUUUUACGCACAAGUUAUUUUAAUGGCAAACUAUAAUUUAAAAACACAUAUGGGGUCCAAAAAAAUCGUGAAAAUAUGCAACCCAGCAGACUCGAACUCUGGUGGAUUAUAGGGGUCCUGGAGUGUUAAACCACUGGGCCAUUGCUGCACUUAUGUUUUUUAUAUGUAAUAUCUGGUACAUAUUUAGAUUUUACUGGGGUCCUGGGACCCCAUUGGACUCAAUGUAACUCCGCCCCUGCCUUUAUGUUUAUUUUGGCAUUACCAUUCAAUUCUUUGUCACUUUAAAGAUAUUUAUAUUCAUUUGGACAGUUAUAUUGACUA